UUGCAUGCUUUACUUUACUUCUACGAGCUAAUUCAUUUCUCUAAUUUCCUUCGCUGCUUUUAGCACCCAUAAUGAUUCCCAGGAUUAUUAUAAAGUACCUUUUUUCCCCCUUGACUGUCUACACCAGACAUUUCAUAGCAGCUGCCUUUUAAGGAGGAUAAAACCUCUGGUUAUGAGCUGGUAUCCAAAAUAUAUUUGGUAUUCCCUUGCACCUACCCUUUACCUAAGCAAUACUUUGCACAAAGAAGGUGCUUAAUAAGUGUUACAGUAAGAUGAAAAAAAAAAAUCAUUUGAAAACUCACAAAGGAGCGGGUUUUGUGCAUAGCUUUUAAUUUAAUCAGAAGACAUUUUUGUGUGCUUGCAAGAACCUAAACAUUUAAAGUAGAUUAGAAUGUACAGAUCCUAAUUGCCUGAAUUCUAUUCGCCUCAAAUUGGUUUUCUUGCUUUUCAUUGUACUUCCAGGCACUAGUGUAAUUUAUCCUUUUGACCAGUAGUUGCAUUAUUAUUGGCCCAGCUCUGCAAUAUGAAAAAAUAAUCAUAGCAGCUUGGGGGAAAAAAGGUUUUGUCUGUUGAGGCUGUACAGUGCUGCGCUUGUUGGGACGGUGAUAGUCUCUUGGUUGCUAUACAGAUGCUGACAAUAUAGUUUGAAGUAUAAUUUUGUUCUUCGCCCACUUGUAUUCUUAUGUGAGAUGGAGUGGAAGGAAGAAAGAGGUUUCUGAGGUGUCUUUUCUGAAAGCUCUUCCGCUUUGAUUCCACUUUAGAGCUGUCUCUUUAUAAACUCCUCUCCUUACCACCACCACCACCACUCAGAACCUAGUGUGCUAAUUCUUUUUAUUUCUUUGAUUCUCAGUUUUUCAUAGUCAAUUUCCCUCAUCCUGAUUUUGCAGCAUUUUUUUUUUACAAUUGUAACAUCCUUACCAAUCUUAGUCAUUAAAGCCAAAAAAUAGGGAGAAAAGCUUUUCUCCCCCUGAACUGAGACCAUUUCACAAAUUGAAGGACAGCCAACAGCAUAUGCUUUUUGCCAAAAUAAUUGAAAACAUCAACUGAAGACCACAUAAUUCUUUUGAAAGUCCACCAGUUAUUUGAAGUAACUUUGGCAGAAGAACAAAAUAAAACACUCAAUAUUUUAACCUUUAUGGUUGCCUUCUUAGAAGUUGGUUUCUAAUUUGGUUUUUAGUUAUUCUGAUACAAUUUUUGUUGUAUGAUUGGCUUUUUGUUUGACUGGACCUAAUUUUACGGAAAUGAAAACCUAAGUGCUAAUGAAGAAAGAUUUCACCAAAGCAAACUGUGAUCUCUUUACAUUUAGCUUGAAUUCAUUUUUAAUCUUUUAACAACAGCGGUAAUGCUGUGGUAGAGAGGGUGCACUUUAUUUUAUUUUUGCUUUGAUAUGACCGCUGUUGAUGUUGCUCUGAUUCGUGAUACCAUGUGGCUGACUUUAGAAGUCUGUAGAGAAUUUCAGAGAGGAACCUGUUCUCGUGCUGAUGUAGACUGCAAGUUUGCCCAUCCACCAAGAGAUUGCCAUGUGGAAAAUGGCCGUGUGGUGGCUUGUUUUGAUUCUUUAAAGGGUCGGUGUGCUAGAGAGAAUUGCAAGUACCUUCACCCUCCUCCACACUUAAAAACCCAGCUGGAAAUUAAUGGACGGAACAAUCUGAUUCAACAAAAGACUGCCGCAGCCAUGUUUGCCCAGCAGAUGCAGUUUAUGCUCCAAAAUGCUCAAAUGCCAUCAUUUACUUCCUUUCCUAUGACUACAUCACUUGCAGCUAAUCCUCCCAUGGCUUUCAAUCCUUACUUUACUCAUCCUGGAAUGGGCCUGGUUCCUGCUGAAAUUUUACCAAACACACCUCUUCUGUUUUCUGGAAACCCGGGUCUCACAUUGUCAGGAGCUGCUGGUCCCAAACCGAUGCGUUCAGAUAAACUGGAGAUUUGCCGAGAAUUUCAGCGUGGAAAUUGUACACGUGGUGAAAACGAUUGCCGCUAUGCUCAUCCUACUGAUGUUUCUAUGAUUGAGUCAAGUGAUAAUACUGUGACCAUCUGCAUGGAUUACAUCAAAGGCCGAUGCUCCCGGGAGAAAUGCAAGUACUUUCAUCCUCCCCCACACUUGCAAGCCAAACUCAAGGCAGCUCAUCACCAGAUGAACCACUCAGCUGCCACUGGCAUGGCCCUACAGCCUGGUGCAUUUCAGCUGAUACCAAAGAGACCGGCACUUGAAAAGACUAAUGGUGCCGUUCAGUUCUUUAAUCCCAGUGUUUUCCACUGCCAACAGGCUCUGACUAACCUGCAGCUCCCACAGCCAGCCUUCAUCCCUCCAGGGCAAAUACUGUGCAUGGCACCUGCUUCAAGUAUUGUGCCCAUGAUGCACGGUGCUACACCUACCACUGUGUCUGCAGCAACAACACCUGCCACCAGUGUUCCCUUCGCUGCAACAGCUACUGGCAAUCAGGUAUUUACAAGCCGAGUCACAAGGAAAAUUAUAAAUUUGGGGGGAGUCUUGAAACUAUACCAGGAUUAUCAACAGAUGAACUGAACAAUAGCAUGUUUGUUUCACAGAUGUAAAAGUUACCACUAUAACAUUGAAAUUCUGAACAACAGAGUUAAGGAUUAUCAGAAUCUCUCCAUGAGAACCUCCGUAAGGCCUUUCUAUAUGUAGUACUGUUUGUCCUCUACUACCAACACAACAAUGGGCAUCAUGCAGUCAAUAUAUUAAACAAACAAAAUACCAACCAACAAAUACAAAUUAAAAAGAAAGCAUUAAACAAUCAAUGGAGAUGUCAAAACAAAACAUGAAUAGAAAACUAACUACCAUCUAUCUUAUUUGAAUUAUUAGGUAGAACACUACCAUAACAUUUUGUAAUUUGUCACACUGUUCUUUGUGAUUUUCUAAUAACUAUUAGGCUAAGUAAAUCUUCACAGUGGAUUUUUGGCUUACUGUGCAUUCUUGGUGGGUAAUGUUCGCCUGUUUUGAAGUGCUGUUACCUUACUGUUUUGUUUACACAGUAGCUUAUUGGGUUGAUUUAAAAUGUAAAAAUUAUAUCAAAGUACCAUUUUCUUCAUUAAUGUAUUGUACUGUAUUGUGAUGUACUGUGUUGUGUUAGAUUUUUACAUACUACAGAGUUUUGCUGUAAUAUGUGUGGUCUUUUGUUUCAACUAAAAUGUUACUAAUGGGAAACAGAAAUACGUGUGCUUAAAAAAUAUGACAGGUUAAUGUUAAUAUGCUUUCACUGUUUAGAAUAUUUCUGUAGGUUUCUCGGGGCAGACAUUUUAAAAGCCUUACUUUUGAGUGUUCACAAAACUUGUUCAUAAUCAUGCUUGUGAAUAAUUUAUACCUGCAGAUCUGACCUUGUAUAAUAUGAUCACAUUAGUACAUUAUUUGUGAGAGAGGCAUAAUUACCUGCAACAAACAAACAAACAACUGCUUUAAAAAUUAACUCGUAAUUUCACUCUUUAAAUAGCAUAUAAAACUAGAAUUUACCUUUAAAUGAAUCUUUCAACAUUUACACUGAAAAAUAUGUAAAGCACCCAUUACAUAUCUUAUGGCUCAAGGAUCCUAUCUCCUAGGUUGAUUGUCUAAAACAGCCACUUGUCAUCUUCAGUUGAAAAAUUGUUACUUGGAGACAAAGAUAUGCUAAUUACAGAUAAUAAAUUAAACAGAGAUAGGGGGACAUGGAGAUACUUUUUACACAUUGGAGAAAACCCUAUAAAAACCAUAAGAUUGCUAUCUUUUACACAAGAGCCACUUCUGAAUGCAAAUGUCUUAUGCUCUUCAUAAUAAGUAAGGUGCAAUCUAGCAAAAGUCUGUCAGGGUGAAAGAGAAUUAGUUCCAAGUGAGGCCUUUCCUCCCCAAAUGGACAAUCUUUUCUAUUAAUCACAGUUCGAACCUGAGUUUAGAAUUAGAGAAAUGGCGGGGUGGGAAGGAGGAUAGAAAGACAUUUAAAAUUAUUCUUUGAUCUAUUUAAAAUUUCUAGUAAGGAUGUCCACAGUUGGUUUUAGCUCCAGUUUAGCUGAGUUUUCAGUUUUAUUAAACACUUCAGUGAAGUAGCAAGCGCCUGUAAUAUAUUUUAACUGUUGCUUUCCCCAAACUUUAUCAACAAGAGUCUCUCUCAUCAAAACCAAUGUUGACUUGGAUUCGUUUGUUUUUAUAUGUAUUUGAAAAUUAUAACAGAGAAGUUUUUAAGACCCUUUGGUUGAGACAGAAUGACUGAACUUCACGGACCUGAGUUGAAUUCACAUUACUAAUUUUUAUGAAAUAAAUUUAUAAGCAAGUAAAAUAGUAAUUAAGUCCUGCAUAUGAUAUGCCUCAUCCACCUUACUUAUUAAAGUUACUAUUAUUAUACAGUAGUGGAACCAUAUGAUAUUUUACAUCAACUUAGAUUAAAUGUUUUCUAGUUCAUGAAAAUGACAAAGAAAAUCUGAUUUAGGAUACCUUAAACAGACUAAUAGUGUUUGAAUCACAGAUCAAAGGAGUUGGUAAAACCUUUUAACAGAAGAUGAAACUGAGGCCCAAGGCAUGUGACUUGCCCAAGGUUACCUACCCAGUUGGGCACAGUCAGACACAAAUAUCUGCAGGCUCCCAGUUGUUCCUCUGUUUCACAUCGUUUGUACUUCAGGACAUUUGAGACUCCAUCCCAAAGCUAAUCAAAUUGGCUCAGAAUAAAAAAGAGCAAAAUUAGCUCUUUAAUAGUUGAUAUCCUGUUGAUCUUAAUUACCAAUCCAAAUCAUGAUCAUCAGUGAUAUCUAAAUGGUAUUGCUUGUAUGGAGCCAUUGCCAUUUAUUCGUAGUAUUGCCUGGAGUUAAAGAAUAAGAGAUGUCCUGACUUUUACCUAUUGAUUCUUUGAACCACUUAAUUUCUACUUCCUCAAAUCUUAACAUUGAUAGAGAAGAAAAUAGAGUACACCUUUGUUAAAUUACAUGUGUUUGGAAGUGAGUUUUGUUAAACCUGUGUCAGUGCCUCCCCAGAUGUGAUCACAGGACUUCAGGAAGGAUGCACCUAAGCUAGUCUGGAUGUAUUCCUAAAGGGGAGAGAGAUGUUUCAGGGUAAAGUCAACUUUUUUGUGUAGUGUGAUAUUUUUGAUGCAACAUGCUGUCUCAUUUAACUUUUUUAAACUUUUAAUGAAGAUGUGCAUAGACAGCAAACCUAGAGUACAGCUGUUUUUAUGUUGCUUUAAGCACUGGACAACAUUAAUAAAGACUUAUUUUUUAGUAAGAAGUUUGGUGAGGAAUAUUCAGGGUAGUUGAAUUUUGGGUGCCACAAUUUUUUAUAUUGUUGGCAUUUUAAAAAUCGCUUUAUAAAUGAAUUUAAAGAAAGAAAAGUAAAGCACUAAAGUUUUGAUGCAGAUGCGAAAGAAUUUUGACAAGAUGCUAUUUUUAAGAUGACAUGUUUUAAAUGAGUUGUGCAAUGAGUUGUGCAACUUAUCUUUAUUCAAGAAAGGAAGAAAGAUUAGUCAUUAGACUAUAAAUUUCAGAUAAAAAGAGAAGUCACAAAACUAAUCAGUGACUCUAAACAGAAAUUUACUGAAUGAAUUGUAUAUAUAAAAUUCUAAUCACUUGUGAUUCUUAGGUAAGAUUUUAUAAGCUUUGUAAUUUGAAAGGGCCUCUAUUUUUAAUUAUCCAAAAUUGUGUCUGUUCAUUUCUCUCAGCCUUUUGCAAAAAUUUGCAAUAGUGCUGACACUUGAAUAAGUCAUGUAUACAGAUAAAAUAAUCUAAAAAUUAUCUUUUAAGAGGGUUUUAGUAGUGUCAACUUUUUAUAAAAAGCACUGUGAUCAUAAGUAUAAUUUAAAGAGAGAUUAAGAUUAAAUCAAAAUUAAAUGGAUUCAUAAAAUUGAUAUUUAAAUACAGUAUUUUCUUUUGCAAUUGGAGCAUGGCUCUGUAACCAGCUAUUACAUUUCAUUUCACUUGCCUAGAUUAGUCUUUAAUUUGUAAUUUAUUGUGAUGUGAAAAGCCAUCUUCUCCCUAUUCCAUCAAUCUUUUCCAUCCAUUUUUUUUAACAUGUUUAAGUACUUUGAUUUUGCCAGAAAUGUUGUCCUACACCACUGGGCUGCAUUCAUUAGUUGAUAGCCUCACAAGCUCUCAAAUUGGGAAAAAGCAAGUACCUCCUCACUACUAUCAGUAGGAACCAAAUAAAAUUAACCUUUACCACUUGAAUCAGUUUUUAAUAGCAUGUCCAGUAAAUAUAGUAAUGCCUGAAUAAGGAAAACAUUGGCAUUAAAUUGGAUUAAAUAAUAUGUAAAGAAGGCCUGUUGCUACUUGGAAUAUUAUUGGGUUCCUUUCCCAUUCCUUUGGAGAGAGUAGAUGAGGAUGCUCUUAGGUAAAAUGCAGCUGCAAGGUUUUCAAGUUAUUUUAAUUUGUAGGAUAGGCUGUUUUGCACAGAACUAUUAGAAACUGGAAUCCUCUUUUAUUGUUUAACUCUUCUACAUUUCACACACAUUGAAAUAGAAAUAAGGAAAUAUGAUUUCCUAAUUCUGUUGAAUAGAUUUAGAAAGAUAGUGGCCUAAUGCUAUUUUACCAGUGCCUGUUAAAAGUAAUAGAAUAAAUAGUAUGUAAAAGGGUAUAACUUUUUUACAAAUUUAGUUGCUAACCUAAUCAAACUGUAAAUAUAAUGACAAGUUAAAGUUCUUAGCACCAGCUCACUAAUUGGUGCCAUGUUUUCAUUUUUCUUGUUAGUUUUUAAGGUUUUGAUUUUAUUACUUUUUAUAUUAUUAGGUGACUAAUGAAUUUACUUUUGAAGGAGAGUUAGAGAAAGUUUAAGAUUUUACUACAUGUGUUCAACCUUCUUAGAUAGGUUCUAAACUGACACUGAAGCAUAACAAGAUAUAGAUUAUAAUCCAUAACUAUUCUUUACAAUUCACAGUUUAAGAACAAACUUUAUAAACAAAUAAUAAUUUUAACUAAUUAUAUUUAGUUGCUUUAGCAACAAAACUACAACAUGGCUACCUUUAGACACCUUUUUGGUGAAAACUUUACUUUUAAACUAUAUGUGGUUUUUGACAGUAUGAGCAUGUGGAAGAUACAUCUCAAAUCUCAGAAAACAUAUAUGGUUGAUUUUCUUUUUAUCCCAAAUUCCCAUUUGAAAGCUGAAUUUGUGUCCUUGUGUGACUUUUUUCAUUAAAAAGUUUACAAGUUGUGGCUUCUAAAAUCAGGCUUUGUAGUUUAUAGAAUUGUUGUGUGUGGGUGGGGUUUUAUUCCACAGUAUUUGGACUUUAAAACAAAAUUGUGGUAUUUCCAUUACCAGACAUUUUAUUCAUAACUUCAUUUAUCUAAAAUCAUUCAAAUGGCAAAGUUGUAGCUGCAGAACUUCUCUUUUCUGGAAUUAUAUACUUACACAAAUAUAUCCAAGUGAGGAUUAAAGAAUGAUAAAAGCAUACUAUGAAAUUAAUUCACUCACAAAAACAUGCAUAAAGAUACUGUGGAAUGACCCCUUAUUAAUGUUUAAGAGACAUAUGCUACAGUUAACUGACUGUCUCAGAUAGGGUGCGGAUGUGUGAGACACACCUUUUUUGCACUUAUGUACAUAGUCCAUGAAAGCAAUCCUUGGAGCUUUUUGUUUUUUAAUAUAAGAAGUCUGUGAGAAUAGUGGAAAAGUUAGUAAGAGAGUUAUUUCUAAGGCUUUGAGAAGGAGGGAUGUUGCUUUGCUGUUUUGAAGGCUUUCUAGUUUGCUACAGCUGACCAAAAGAGUAGACUGGUAACAGGUAGCAGCUCAACUUCAGCUAGCAGCACUGAACAAGAAUAAAAGUACUUCACCUUUUAGCAAGAUCACUAGCAGAAAGUGUUUGCUUUUUAAAUGAAUCCUCACUGUAAACAUACACACACACACACACACACACACACACACACACACACACCAGGCAGGUACCUAACUGAGGUUUAUUCUUUUCCCCAAUUGUUGCAAGUAGUGAAAUACCCUAUAAAUUCCAAAAUGGACCCAUCUAUUUACGUGACAAUUAAUAGUUAAUAUCUACCACUAAUUCUCCUUUAAGAUCCAGGACCCAAAACCAAAUUGGCAACCAUUGAAAGAUUUAAUUUAACAGUUAAGUAUGGCCAGUAUGUGGCAUUUCAUUCCCUUCAAAAAAGGAAAAAAUGCACCUGUUACAACUUUAUAAAUUCCUUUAUUUGCUUUAUACCUGAUCAGUGGAAGCUGUUUUCUGACUUAACCUUUACUGAACUAGAAAGUACUCCAUUGUGCCACUUCAGCCUCCCACUAUUUUAACUAAACAGGAGAGAAUCAGCAAAAAGCUUACAUACAUAGGAGCUGGAAAAGAAUGUUUCAAUCAGACUAUCGUUGCCAAUUUUAGCUCCCAUGUCAUAUCCAGAUCACCAUUUAAUUUUUUGUUGCUUCUAAGCAAUGAGGUCCAGAAAAGGCCAACGUUAGAAAAGAUUAAGGAGAGAUCACCACAGGUAUUUUGAGUCCUUCACAUCUUGGGACUUGUUGCCCUUGCUCAAAGAAGGAGCCCAUCCUGGGGGUGAGGGAGUUAUUAGUAUUGCUACCCAUUUUGAUAGUUCUCACAGGGACAGGAAAAUAAGCCAAAGCUAGAAAGCAAUCCACGCCUUAUAGUUGUCCAAUAACUCAGGGCCAUUUGAUUAGAAAUUUAUUUUUGUCCCUUCCACUCAUAUCCUUAGAGUCAACCUGUAACUAACAGCCUGACUAUCUGACCAGCAUUUUCAUGCUAUAAAAUGUAAGCAUUCACUUAUUCUGCAUUUAAGAACUUCAACCUUAUCACCAACAUAUUUUCUAACAUUUCUCUAUGAGUGUAUAGCCACAAGAAUAUAUUUGCAUGAAGUCAAUAGAAAUAUAGUAAGAUUUUCAGUAAGGAAAAAGAAUCUGUAAAAUAGUAAGAAUGAACCUAGAAUCAUCACAAAAGAUAUCCAGUUACCUUCUGGCAUGUUGUGCCUGAUGACAGCUACUGGGCCACACUCUUUGACAUGUAAGCAGAGUAGCUGUGUUUAAAGAACUAAAAGUAGAGGGUGAAGUCUUACCGAAUGUGAAUAACUUGAGGCCAAAAGAGGACCUCUGUCAUUAAGACUAGGAAAAGGUUUAGCUGACUAUUUCAUAUGCUUUCCAGCCUCUCCACUUGUCCUUGCCUGGAAGAGAACUACCCAUUUAAUAAUCUGAAACAGGAUUAUUCCAGAGAAAGGUUAUCUUUAAGUAGGACCCAUCCUCAAUUAUACAUAGUGCUAGACCUAAA